AUGGCGGUUAGGGAGAGAAGCAUGGCGGUUAGGGAGAGAAGCAUGGCGGUUAGGGAGAGAAGCAUGGCGGUUAGGGAGAGAAGCAUGGCGGUUAGGGAGAGAAGCAUGGCGGUUAGGGAGAGAAGCAUGGCGGUUAGGGAGAGAAGCAUGGCGGUUAGGGAGAGAAGCAUGGCGGUUAGGGAGAGAAGCAUGGCGGUUAGGGAGAGAAGCAUGGCGGUUAGGGAGAGAAGCAUGGCGGUUAGGGAGAGAAGCAUGGCGGUUAGGGAGAGAAGCAUGGCGGUUAGGGAGAGAAGCAUGGCGGUUAGGGGGAGAAGCAUGGCGGUUAGGAGGGAAAGCAUGGCGGUUAGGGAGAGAAGCAUGGCGGUUAGGGAGAGAAGCAUGGCGGUUAGGGAGAGAAGCAUGGCGGUUAGGGAGAGAAGCAUGGCGGUUAGGGAGAGAAGCAUGGCGGUUAGGGAGAGAAGCAUGGCGGUUAGGGAGAGAAGCAUGGCGGUUAGGGAGAGAAGCAUGGCG